GAGAGAAGGAGAGAGAAAAGAGACAGAGCAGAAAACAUAGAAAGGGGCUCGGGGAGAGAGAAAGACAACGAUAAAGACAGCGACGAGACGGGCGAGAAACAGAGAGAAAAAGAGAGAAGAGAGAGGAAACAAAAGAGAGCGGAGGAGAGAGAGAGAGAGAGAGAGAGAGUGGCAGAGCUGAAACGAGAGAGAGAGAGAAGCGAGAGAGAGAGAAGAGAGAGAGAGAGAGAGAGAGAGACGUGGAAAGUGAAACGAGAGAGAGAGAGAGAGAGA